AUGAAUUCUUAAGCAAAAGUUUCAGCUGAUAAACGAGAUACUCUAUAAUUAUUCUAAAAAGUUAGUUAAAGUGAUCAAAAAUCAAAUAACUAUAAUAAUAAAGAAAAUAUGGAUCCAUAAAUAUAAAGUUAGAUUUAAGUUGUCCCCAAAGAAAAAAAGAGAAGAUUUAGAAUGCCUUAUGAAAUAUUUAGCAGCAAGAAAAAAUAUGAAAUUUUAAAACUUACUAAGUAGAAUAAUAAUAAAGAAUAUGAAUUUUUUGUUUAUGAUGAAGAAUAAAUUGGAAUUCAAAAAGAAUUUUCUUAGAAAAUAAGAGAUGUAUAUGAUAAAGAUGAUGAUGUAGAUACUACUGAAAGUGUAUUGCAAUAAUUAUAAGAAAUUUGUUUAAAUGAUUUAAUUGAUGGAGUCAGAUAAAACUAACCAGAUUCUGUACCAAAUAUUAUUAAUUUAUUGAGAUUAAAGAGACAUUAUGAAAUCUUAGAUAGUGAUAAAAAUGAAGAUAUAAAGAAUUGA